AUAUAGUUUAGGCAAAAGUGUUAUCAUCAAGGUUUUAACAUUGAUUGUUUCUAUUGAAAUAAUUUUAACACUGAAUUGGCCUUAAAUGAUCUUUCAAACUCUCUUAGCGGAAACAGAGAAUCUGCCUCACCCUGCACCUCAAGAACUUGAAUCGAUGAUAAUCUUUGCAUAAUCCACUAGUUAGAGAUUAGUUCAGUUCGUCAAAAACAUAAUUCGUUCGUUAAUUUUGACGAAUAACUGGUAAGAAUUUGAAUAGCUUUCAAUCUUACUGCAAAGGAAGUUUAGUUCAGAGAAGAAGAAAUGGCGGCAGCAGCGAAGAAGGUUGGAGUUUGUAUCAUAAAUACGAAAUGGAGAGAUGAGAAUCCUCAGCUCAUACAUCCGCUCUCUUCCCUGCUCAGGGCAGCUAAUUACACACUUAAUUUCAACAAGAUUGCGCCUGACUUCAUUUUCAAUACGGCGGGGGUUUCAGUCGCUUUCAUCCUCAUCUCAAGCUGGAAAUCCGGACAUUUCACAGAAACUUUUAACAGAAUUGAGAAGAUGAGAAGUCAAUUUGGGAAUUUGUAUGUGAUUGCGAGCAUUUGUACAGAGGAGGACAACCAGGCCUUCAUACGUUCUUAUUUCAAGUCAGGUGUGGCGUUACAGAAGCCUGCAUUCGUAGCAGUGCGCGAUCCGUGCAUGGGAUUUGAGAAGAUGCUGAAAUUGGCACUUAUUCAUGGAGAAAUUAAACGGCACGAUGUGGCUGCAAAGAUCCAAACCGAGCGGAAGACAUUCCUUGAAAGUGUGGAGGCUUGCAUUCAAGUGUUAACAGCCAUUCCUGGGAUUGAUACUCAUGAUGCUCACACGUUGAUGCAGGGCAUAGGUUCAAUUGAGGCGAUUUCCAAGGCAUCCAAGAAAAAGAUAUUGGAGAGCACUGAUCUUUCGGAUGCCAAAGCAGAAAAGAUUGUCAAAUUCUUCAAUGAUCCCAAAUACUACCUUAGUCCCAAAUUCAAUUAGCCUAAAAUUUCAUUGGAGACUAGUCUGCGGUUCAAGAGCAGAAAUAAAUAAUGCAUGAAUUGGCCACUUUUUCUAACAAAUACAAAAAUUCAAAUUUAAGGUUCCUAAGUGUGAGGUGCAAACGGUCUUUAUCUCCAACACGAUCUGUAUUUGUUUUGUUUGGCUGAGUGAGCCGUGAGUCGAACCUGUGCCAUUGGUUGCAACUCUAAAGUUUAGAGCCGAAACGCUUGUAAUUGUACAGUUUAGAUGAAGGGUACACUUUCAUUUUACACGACUGAAAGAUAAUUGUAGAAUUCUUGUGUGGAUUUGUCAUAUUAUUGUAGAAUUCUUAAGAUAAUGUAUCACUGUCAUACUGUUAUUGAGAAAGCUUUAAUAGUUUAGUACAUCAGAAUAUCAAUUUUGAAUAGCAUUAAACUUCGUAACA